AUGAGUCCUUCGAUCGACCUUAAGGGCGCGGAUACGUCUGCCAGCCCGUUGACAGUCGAUGGCAUUGCGCAGUUGAGAGCGAAGAGUGCGCCAGUCCCUACAGGGAUUGCGCCUUCUACGAGCAGUAAUAUGUUCAAGAGCCCUUCAUGCUAUACCAAGCCGAAAGCGAAGCGGUGGGAUCACUACCUCUCUGAAGAAUCAAAAUCCCGACAGCAAUCUACAUUGAAGGGUGCUGCGCGUUACCUUAAGACUCCAGGUCUCAUCUCGUUGGGAGGUGGUCUGCCGUCGCCAGAAUACUUUCCUUUCGAAGAGAUUAGCAUCAAAGUCCCAACGCCGCCGGGUUUCUCCCCCCACGAGACCCAGGAAUCCGGCGCUGUCCUGACCGCCAAGAAAGGGGAUGUUCAGGCUGGCAGAAGUCUUUACGACCUGGAGGUUGCUCUUAAUUAUGGACAAUCGACCGGUUCCCCUCAGCUCCUCAGAUUCGUGACGGAGCAUACCGAGCUUAUUCACAACCCCCCAUACGCCGACUGGCAAUGUUGCUUGAACGCUGGUAGCACAUAUGGGUGGGAUACAGUACUCCGAAUGCUCUGCACCAGGGGCGACUACAUCCUGAUGGAGGAGUAUACAUUCUCUAGCGCCAAGGAGGGCGCUCUUCCAUUGGGAGUCAAGGUGGCAUCGGUCAAGAUGGAUGCAGAAGGUCUUCUGCCCGAGUCGCUCGACGAGGUCUUGAGCAACUGGGAUGAAGCUUCUCGGGGCAGCCGCAAGCCAUUUGUGCUGUACACGAUUCCAACUGGACAGAACCCUACCGGUGCCACGCAGCAGCUGGAGAGACGAAAGGCUGUAUACAAGGUGGCACAGAAGCACGACUUGAUUAUCGUGGAAGACGAGCCUUACUACUUCUUGCAGAUGCAGCCAUACACCGGACCCGACCGCGAGCCUGUCCCACCUCCUGCCAGCCACGAUGAAUUCAUCAAGUCUCUCAUUCCAUCGUACCUGAGCCUAGAUGUCGAUGGGCGUGUGCUCCGACUUGAAUCCUUCUCCAAGGUUCUUUCUCCUGGCUCGCGGACCGGUUGGAUCGUUGGCCCAGAGCAGCUUGUCGAACGAUUCAUGCGCAACUGUGAAACAUCUGCUCAGCAUCCAAGCGGCAUCUCACAGAUUGUUCUGUUUAAACUUCUCGACGAACACUGGGGCCACUCUGGCUACCUGGACUGGUUGAUCAACCUGCGUAUGCAGUACACCGGUCGCAGAGACGCCAUUGUCAAUGCUUGCGAGAAAUAUCUUCCUAGGGAGAUUGCUAAGUGGAACCCUCCCGCCGCAGGAAUGUUUCAUUGGAUUGAGAUCGAUUGGCAGAAGCAUCCUGCCGUGCCUUCGGGUAAGACCCGCGAGGCUAUCGAGGAAGCUGUCUUCCAUGCUGCGGUGGAUAACGGCGUGCUCGUCUCGCGAGGCAGUUGGUUCACCGCAGCUGGUCGCAACGAGGGCAACUUGUUCUUCCGCGCUACCUUUGCGGCUGCCAGCUCGGAAAACAUUGCAGAGGCUAUUGCUCGGUUUGCAACUGCCCUCAGAACGGAGUUUUCUUUGUAG